CAGCAGCCUCGCCAGCCGGGCGAGCGUCAGAAUCGCGCGAACCUUCGCGAGCGGUUCUCCGCGUCGGCGCGACGCAACGCGGCAGAGAAGUACUACGAUUGCCUGCAGUGUACCGAGCAGUGUCGCCACGUGACCAACAACAACAAUCCGAGCAUCGCCGCCAACAACAACAACAACAACAACAACAACAACAAUCACCUAAAGCUGGCGAAGAACACCAAGAGCAGCAGCUUGGUGGCAAAGAGCACGAUGAACAACUACCGGGUGACCAGUUGUCCCAUGAACUCGUCGUCACUGAAGGAGAACGCCAAGAUACUGGCUCGCCUGGACGAGACCAGAGUUCUGAAGAACGCCAAGAGUAGCAGCCUGGCCAGGUCGAUGAAGAACCACCACCAGCCGCUGCCUCUGACACCGGCCAAGAAGAGGUCGUCACUGGCUCGUCCGGUCCGCGUCCACGACUCGUUCGCCCAGCCGAGGAAGCUGUUGCCCAUGAACUAUGCCUUCCAGACGCUGCAGAAAGCAGGCGAGUCGACGUACGAGGAGGACGAGUACAAGGAGACCGGCUGGCCUAUCCGGCUGAGGCUCGAGCAGAUGCUCGAGCUGACUCUGCCGCAGACGAAGAAGAGGCCGAAGAAGAAAACGUCGAUGAUGCUGAUGAAGCAACAGCAGACCAACAAGCACGCGUGCAAGGACACGGAGAGGCUGCUGCGCGUGCUCAGCGUGAACAAUGUGGACCAAGAUACUAGGUACAACGUCACACGGUGUUCCGUCAUGUAGAGACGAUCCGCGUUUUUAGGGAGGGAUUGUCGCUGAAGAGGAAGCUGAAGAAAUUUAGGGGU